AUGUCGUUCGCGCUAGAGGAGACGCUGGAGUCGGACUGGGUGGCUGUUCGGCCGCACGUCUUCGAGGAACGGGAAAAGCACAAGUUCGUCUUUAUCGUGGCCUGGAACGAGAUCGAGGGCAAGUUUGCCAUAACCUGUCACAACCGCACGGCCCAGCGGCAGAGGAGCGGCUCCCGGGAGCCGGCGGCAGCUCGAGGGCCAGCGGAGGCCGGACCCCUGCCGGACAGCCCGGGUCCCAGGGGCGCCGGCGGCAGCCCGACCUCAAGAGGCCGGGGAGAGCCGGCCGCCGGCCGGAGGAGCCCUAGCCUGCGGCGGAGCCCGGCCUGGGCGGAGGGCGGCGCGGCGCGAAGCGCGCACCCGCGGGGGGACGCUUCGCUCAGGGGCCCCGCGGCUAAAGCUGGGGACCCGGCUCGGGCCCAAGCCAGCCCGAGCAGGAAAGCCCCGGGGAAGCGGGACGCGGCGGCCCCGGGGGAUGCGCCCGGCCCGUCGUCGGUGCGAGUAGUUAGAGCGGCCGGCGGGGCUGCCGAGGAGAUUGAGGUGCUGGAGCUGGUGAAGGAGGACGAGGCGGCGCCGACGCUCCUGGAUAUGCCCGAGCCCGAGGCGCCCGAAACGCCCGCGGAGCUGGACUCGCCCCCCGAGGAGUGCAGCUGGGCCGGGCUCUUUUCCUUCCAGGACCUGCGCGCGGUCCACCAGCAGCUGUGCUCCGUGAACUCGCAGCUGGAACCCUGCCUACCCCUCUUUCCAGAGGAGCCCUCCGGCAUGUGGACUGUGCUGUUCGGAGGAGCCCCUGAAAUGUCUGAGCAAGAGGUGGACAGCCUUUGCUACCAGCUCCAGGUCUACCUGGGCCAUGCUUUGGACACCUGCGGCUGGAAAAUUCUUUCCCAGGUUCUUUUCACCGAGACCGACGACCCGGAGGAGUAUUACGAGAGCCUCAGUGAGCUGCGGCAGAAAGGCUACGAGGAGGUGCUGCAGCGGGCCAGGAGGCGCAUUCAGGAGCUGUUAGAAAAACAUAAGAACACAGAAAGUAUGGUGGAACUUCUUGACCUAUAUCAGAUGGAGGAUGAAGCUUAUAGCAGUCUUGCAGAAGCCACAACUGAAUUAUACCAGUACUUACUACAGCCAUUUCGAGAUAUGCGGGAACUUGCAAUGCUGAGAAGACAACAAAUAAAGAUUUCUAUGGAGAAUGAUUAUCUGGGGCCCCGGAGAAUUGAAAGUCUUCAAAAAGAAGAUGCUGAUUGGCAACGCAAAGCCCACAUGGCUGUGUUGUCUAUUCAAGAUCUCACUGUCAAAUAUUUUGAAAUAACAGCUAAGGCUCAAAAAGCUGUAUAUGAUAGAAUGAGAGCAGAUCAGAAAAAAUUUGGUAAAGCAUCAUGGGCAGCAGCAGCUGAGAGAAUGGAAAAACUUCAAUAUGCAGUUUCAAAGGAAACUCUACAGAUGAUGAGAGCUAAAGAAAUCUGUUUGGAACAGAAGAAACAUGCAUUAAAAGAAGAGAUGCAGAGUUUGCAAGGUGGCACAGAAGCCAUUGCCCUUUUGGAUCAGUUAGAAGCAGAUUAUUAUGAUCUCCAGCUUCAGUUAUAUGAAGUACAGUUUGAGAUCUUGAAGUGUGAGGAGUUAUUGCUAACCGCUCAACUUGAAAGCAUCAAGAGACUUGUGUCAGAAAAGAGAGAUGAAGUAGUGUAUUAUGACACUUAUGAAAGCAUGGAGGCAAUGCUUGAAAAGGAAGAAAUGGCAGCAUCCCUACAUCUACAGAGGGAAGAGUUGCAGAAACUUCAGCAGAAAGCUCGGCAAUUGGAAGCAAGACGUGGGCGUGUUUCAGCCAAGAAAGCCUACCUCAGAAACAAAAAGGAAAUCUGUAUUGCAAAGCACAGUGAAAAGUUCCAGCAGCGCCUUCGGAGUGAAGAUGAAUACAGGACACAUCAUUCAGUACAACUAAAGAGAGAAAAGUUACAAGAUGAAGAAGAAAGAAAAAGCACUUGGGUUAGUCAAGAAAGACAGAAGACGUUAGACAGACUUCGCACAUUUAAACAGCGGUACCCUGGACAAGUCAUACUUAAAUCAACCAGACUUCGACUAGCUCACGCAAGGAGAAAAAGUGUUGCUACCCCAGCAUCCAGUGUUGAUCAGCCUCAAUCUCUACCAGUCACCCUAAGGACAGAAGAUAAAACUGAAGAGGGGGAACAAGGAAAAGAGGUGCUUCAAUCUUUACAAACCAAGAAAGCUCAGAGACUGACACAGCUUGAAGAGCCUUCAUUAGCACAACUUGAAGCUACUUCAUUACCUCCCAGUGGUGUUACCUCUGAACUGCCUCACAUAGCACCUGUUCCACUUCUUACUGAUAAUGACCUGACACCAGGUACUGUUACUGUUGUCCCACUCCCACCACCUCUUCCUCCAAGUCCGCCACCGCCCCCGCCUCCCCCACCGCCCCCACCGCCGCCACCCCCUCUACCUACUACUAAGGAUGGUCCCACAGAGUCCCUGGAGAAAGGCCUUUCUAAAGUGGAGGGUGAAGAGAAGAGAAUCCCAAAGUCUGCCAGUGCCCCCUCAGCACAUUUCUUUGACAGCAGUCAGCUGGUCAGUGCCAGGAAGAAGCUUAAAAAAACUGCUGAAGGUUUGCAACGGAGAAGAGUGAGUUCACCAAUGGAUGAGGUACUGGCUUCCUUGAAACGAGGUAGUUUUCAUCUGAAAAAGGUUGAACAACGAACUCUGCCUCCUUUUCCUGAUGAAGAUGAUAGUAAUAACAUCUUGGCACAGAUCAGGAAAGGGGUAAAACUGAAGAAGGUACAAAAAGAAGUUUUGAGAGAGUCCUUCACGCUUUUGCCUGAUACAGACCCACUAACACGUAGCAUUCAUGAAGCACUUCGAAGAAUUAAAGAAGCAUCACCAGAGUCUGAGGAUGAAGAAGAGAGUUUGCCUUGCACAGAUUGGGAAAACUAACAUGUAAAUUCCUGUCUUUGUCAAAAACAUUUUCAAAAUAAUUUUUUUUUCCUGUUUAGGGGUAGGGA